CUCCUCUCUCUGCUGUGGUCCUGGUCUGGUAUGGAGCUGGCUGGGUUGCCUCUCAGUUGGGCGGGUUAACACACCCCAGUGCCCGGGCUGUCAGGCUGCCAGGCAGUGGGGGGAGGACCGAGGCUGCUGGGAAAAAAGAGACGGGCUGGAGACGAAAGAAAGACAGGAAGACUGUGGACUGUGAACCUGCUGCCACAAACCUACACAAAACACACGGCGAAGACUGAGCAGAGCUCGGAGAAGAAUGGGAGCCGCAUAUGGAAAGAAGAAGGGCUACAGCAUCGACCAUGAGCCUCCACCCAAGCAGCAGUGUGUGAAAAAUGGAAAGCACCCAAAUGGAAGAGCCUCCGCGUAUGCGGACCUGCAGCAGCACCGGUCCGAGGCCGUCCACAGGAAGCCGCCCCCGGUGUCCAGCUACGUCCCCCAGCCUGACUACCUGGAGGGAGACGAGGACGAGGACCUCAUAAAACCCAAGAAACUGGUGAAUCCUAUCAAAACUUCGAGAAGUCACCAAGAGCUCCACCGAGAGCUUCUGAGCAGCUGCAAAAGGACUGGGGUCACCGUGGAGAUGAAGCCUGAACUGCACAGAGUGCUGGAGUCAAGGAAACGAGAUCAGCUGAUCAAACAGCGGAAACAGGAAGACGACGCCCGCAGGAAGAUCUCACCUCUGGAGGCGGAGCUACUGAAGAGACACAAGAAGCUGGAAGAGAUGGAGAAGCAGCAGGAGAAAGAGCAGGAGGAAAACCUGAAAGCUCCCGAGUUUGUCAAAGUCAAGGAGAACCUGAGACGGACGUCCUUUCAAGGCAAAGACGAGAAGGAGGUGUAGGGACACGGAGCUGAGAAUCAGACUGUCCACCUGUUCACAGGACACGCUGAGGAUAUUUAGAGAGAGGACUCACUGUGGACACACUGAGGAGUCUCUGAGGACAGUGCUGUGCAGCGUCCUGUGGCGUCCUGCAGCAUGCUCUGUUGUGAGUUCACUGUCCUGGUCCUGUCGUUGACUGCAUGUCGACCGACAUGAAGUGAGACACAGUGGAAGAAGAAGAAGAAGAAGAGAAGAAGAAGAAUGAGAAGAAAAAGAAAAAGAUCACCCUUCGAAGACUCACUUGAUAUUCCAAGUGAUUCAAGAAGGUUCUCCCCGUGUCUGGGUGGGUUUUCUCCGGGUACUCCGGCUUCCUCCCACAGUCCAAAGACAUGCAGAGUGGGUUUAGGCUAAUUGUUUGUCUCUCUGAUGGGCUGGUGAGCCGCCUCUCGCCCCAAUGUCAGCUGGGAUUGGUUCCAGGCCCCCUGAGACCUUUUAAGAAAAAGGAUGAAGCCGUAUGGAUAAUGGAUGGAUGGGUGGAUAGUUUAUUUGAAUCAUGAGCCUCUGAAAUGUGAAUAUGAGAAAAGGUGAGACACUGGGGAUUCAGCAGCUGAACAGAAAGUGAGUCAGAGACAUGAUGUUUUUAUUGUUUAUAAGAUUCAUGAUCAUGAUGUUUUCAAUGAAACUGUUUGCAUCUUUAGACUCUAACUGUGUGAGUAGUGAAGAUUCUUGUGUAAAACACAGAUUUUUUAUUUACGUCGGAUGUUGUUAUGUUUUUUUUCUCUCAUUGUUCCAAUGAACGUGUUGAGGCUGAAGAAAUGUCGACGCACAGGCAUGUUCUCGUUAACAGAAAUAAACGACUAAUCCUG